UUUUUCAUCAUGAUAUGACAGUGACCAUAUAUUCCUUACAUUGCUCACAUUGCAGAGUAUUCCUAACAGUUAGCUCCACGAUUCAGUCAAACUCAGUCUUAAAAUAUCACUUGCCGAAGAAAGUUGUCAAUAGGAAAACAUUGUGCAGAGUGAUCAGUCGAUAGAAAUUGUAUAAGUGCGCUUUUAUGGACAAAGUUGAUUUAAUACAUCAUUGUGUAAGACAGACGUGUUCCGGAAAAGAGUUAAUAUUCGAGAAAAAAAAAAGAAAAACAAUUUUUAGAAAUCUAUAAAAUAUAAAUUGGAAAACUUGAUUUUACGUUUACGAAACUUUGUUCUUGUCAAAGAAAAAAGUGAGUUCGAUCAUUAUAUUCAAAAACGUUAGAGGAAUUUUUAUUCAAAUAUAACGAUUCGUAAAAAUGAAGUGGAUGUACUUCGUGGUAUUUUGUGCAAGUGUGGUCAACCGAACGCACGCACGGCCUGGACCGAACGAAUUCACACACAACAACUCCAUUAACACUACCGAAGCGACUCCGACAGUCAUUCCGGCAAUACCAGCAGUGUUCACAAAAGACGAUGAACUAAUGAUAAGAAGAACACAGGACACUGAUACGGGCACUAUCGAAACUAUAACACAAACCUCACCAAGAGUUCAAUCUGAAGUUAAACCUAUUCAAACACAGUCUGAGCCAAUUGAUUUAAAUACUGUGUCCACUGGAACACUUUUAGUAGACGAAAAACGACAUUUAGGCGUUGCAGUUCCAGUUACGAUGGAGGAAAUCGAAAAAGAACUGGCAUCUCAAUCGAGUCUUCGUGAAACUUCAACUUCAAAAGAUGGGAUUUCUACUUGGAUUCUACUAAGUGGAACCAGUCCUACCGCAGCACCAGAGAUGUCCAGGAGUGGCGCUGAAAAUCAAAAAGUCGAUAAAAUUGCAAAAAUUCGGGACAAUUCAAAGGCACCAAAUAAAGCUGCAGUAAAAUCUUCUCAAGCUAAUAAUAAGAUCAAACCAAAGCCAAAAACGACAACUCCCCUACCAUCCACUAUUAAUAAUUCCGAGUUAAAUACGAGUAAAAUUGACAUUCUUCCAGAGCCAGUUCCGCUUACACAAACGCCAAUACUAAAACCGAAGAAAAAGCAAACUACAACAACAAUCACUACAACUCCGCAAACACCCGAAGAAGUAACUGUUACGGAUAUCACAGGUGAUAUGAUUUCAACCACCAAGGAAACACCUGUUCCGUUCUUAGUACUUGAGCCUAAGGAUGCAGACUUUGAUUUACCUCAAGACCGAUCACCGGGAAAAACAACGACAAAAAAACCUAAGCGAAACAACAAUAAAACAAAGAAGAAGAACAAUAAGAAGCCGAAUAACAACAGUCAUCUAAACGAUAUAAAGAAUUCAACAAAGACAGCAAUUAAGAAAAAGGAGAAUCCGAUCGGAACAAAGAUCUACAAUUAUCUAUCUAGAGAGAUGAUGCCAGCAGUGGGAUUGUUAGGUUUAGUUCUAACAGCUGGUUUAGCCGGAUACUUUGUAGGUCCAUUCGGUGCAUUGAGACGAUCGUACGAUGUUGCUGAUCGAAAAGAUGAUCUGUACUAUUACAACAACGAAGAAUAUGCGGGAACCGACGGGCAAUAUGAAGAAGAAGUAUUUGGAAAAGUUAUUGCAGGAAUGCCAUUAAACACGAAUUACCGAAACAACGUGCGUUACAACCAUCAGAGACCAAAUUAUUAUCAUCAGAGUCCAUCCAAAUAUCCACAACAAUACAAUAACAGAUACAGAAACACAGCAAAUCAACAAUUUCAGCAACAGCAGCCUGCACAACAAUUAUCAUACAGUGGUUAUCAUCCAAAUACACAAAACCAUGCUGCUAACUAUCAAAGAAUUCACCAUGCAGCCCCAGCUUCACAGAAUGUUGUUAGUCAAAAAUCCAUCUCGAGUCCAAUUUUCGCCAUUCAACCAUCGUCGGCAUCGACAACUGUCAAGUCAACACUUACCACAACAUUACCAGCAACUGUUGUACACGAAAUUAACAAGCUUCCUAAUAAAAACGUGGACGAUGCGUUGCAAUCAGCUGAUUCUAUGGUGGACAACCCGAACGAAUUGAAAAGGCGGACGCAAUUUGUCGUAGGAAGUGUGGUGCCAGAGACAAAUGUGAUGGAUAUGAACAACGAUCGGGAUAAAACUGUUGUAGUGCCUGAACACGGUCCUCGUCGGCGCCGUUCGGUUGAAGGUACAGCUCCGAACCGGAAAGCUGUUGAAUCUGAUCUAAAAAAGCUUGAAAAUUCAUAUGACCAGCUGAAGAAACGAGUUGAUUCAAUGGAAAAAAACGAACACAUAUUGAAAGAAAUGAAACACAUUGACUACGAAAUUGGCAGGCUGCGCAAAGUUAUUGCCGAGAUAAAGGAUAUUGAACAGUUUCAAGAUGAACUGCAUAUAAAAGGAAAAAAUCGAUUCCUAAGUGAUACUAUCACAAGUGGUGUCAUUCACAUAAGCGAAGGCAUAAAAUUUGUCAAUGAAUUACUAGACAAUCCCAUAGAGAUAGAGAGUAAGAUAUCAAAUAGAGAAGCAAUGAUGAGAACCGUUAAUGGCGAGAAGCCAUUGAAUGAUACGUUGCAAAAGAAAUCCGAUGUUUCAACAUCCGAUACCUUUGAGCCAACUGAACCGCCAUCUGGCAUCAUGAGUUUAUUGAAGAUAUUGGAGUUAAAAGCGGCGUUCGGUGUGAAUGUUUUAAGAAGUAUACGACCGGCAUUCGAUAGAGCAUUUCAAGAUGUUUUUCAUGUACCCACUCAAGAAUCAGAGUCGACAUAAUCGCGCAAUGACUGC